UUAAUUGUUGUGUUGUUGAUGAACUCCCUGUGGUGUUUGUAUGUUUGUAACGUGUGAUUAUACGUUCAUGCGUACCUGUCUAGAAUAAAAAAAAAAAAAAAUUAUAAUGACGGGUCGCGACCCCGACAACCUGAUGAGCACAACGAGUAACGACGAGGGCUUCGAUUAUCUCUUCAAGAUCGUCCUGAUCGGUGACUGUGGCACUGGUAAGACCUGCAUUGUACAAAAGUUUCGCUCGGGUAACUUUAUACAAAGGCACGGCAGCACUAUAGGCGUCGAUUUCUCCAUGAAAACCGUCCUCGUCGACGGUAAACGCGUCAAGUUACAGAUUUGGGAUACAGCUGGUCAGGAGAGAUUUCGAACAAUAACGCAGAGCUACUACAGGUCUGCGAAUGGCGUGAUAUUAGUUUACGAUAUCACAAAGCGCUCGACAUUUCUUAAUUUACAAAGGUGGAUCGACGAAAUCAGGAGGUAUACGUCGACACACGUACUCCUGAUUUUAGUGGGUAAUAAAUGUGACCUGGAAGACGCACGACAAGUUGAAAAAUCAGAAGCUGAAGCUGUGAGUGAAUACCUACCAGAGGUAUUUCGCAUCGUCGAAACUUCAGCAAAGGAAAAUACAAAUGUAGAUUCUAUAUUUUUUUAUUUGGCCUCGGAAUUGAAGCGACGUCACGAAAAUCGUCAAGUCAACACUGAAGAUGACAAUACCGUGAAACUGGGCAACGGACGCAAUCUCUCAACGUGUUCAAUGUGUUCAUAUAAAUUUUCGUCAACAUGAUUCUCAAAUGACUGACUCUUGGAAGAAUUUAUAAAGUCAACAAAUGCCAAUCUAGCAAAUGACUUUUGAACAAGCUUACAGUAUGUACCUUUGGUAGCAG